AUGUCUGCGACACUGACGCCACCUCUUCGGAGUGCCCUGAAGCAACCCUCGCGACCCAGUUCACCAACGACAAGCCCAAUCGCCUCGCCAGUCAUAUCGCGAGUGCACCUGCCGUCAGACUCGCCCGCACCAACACCCGGGGGCAUGAGUCGGUCGCAGUCCAGCUCUUCAAUACAUAAGACCCACCAGACGCAAAUCGCUAACCAUCCCCCUCUACCGCAUCAUGCAGUGUCCCUGCCGACUUAUACUCCAAAAGUUUCCUUUGAUACUUUCGAAAACCCCGCAGCGAGCAUGUUCAGCUUCACGCUGCAAGUGAAGACCGAGGGGUAUCGGCGGACGCGGAAUACUCGUGUUUUUCUGUGCGCAUCUAGUCCGGACGAGAGCGGUAGUGAGGCUCUCGAGUGGUGUCUUGAGGCCUUGGUACAGGAUGGAGACGAGCUAAUCAUCUUUCGCGGUGUCGAUGAAGAUGUUCUCGAAAAGGAUCAUGAUAUCGUCCGCGAUGAGGCGCGAGACCUCAUGAAGCAGAUCCAGGAAAAGAGUGUAGAGGCCGAUCCCGACAGGAAACUGUCUUUGAUACUCGAAUACAUCCCUGGCAAGAUCACGGACUCAAUCGACCGCCUAAUUGCAUUGUACCGACCAGAUUCUCUCGUUGUUGGCACUCGGGGCCGCCGAUUUGGUGUUGGACUUGUUCAGGGACUUGGGGCGGGGCUGGUGCAAGGGCUCGGCGUCGGUACAGGCGCAAGUAUCGGGAGUAUUAGCAAAUAUUGCCUUUCGCAUUCUCCAGUCCCGGUUAUUGUCGUCCGACCAGGAAGAAAAUUGCGCACAGCGCUAGAGAAGAGGCGUGCGGACCCUAAACGAGGACGGCAUUUUGACUCCUAG